AUUUGAAGACUGACAUUCUGUGUCUAACACAACAUCGUCUAUUUUUUUUCUCUCAGUCGUUUAUUUGCAUUAGGAUAAUGCAGUACGACCGCUCUUUCAAAUGUAAUGUCAUGGACGCGAAGAUGGUCACUAUUUUCCUUUUCGUAGUUUUUGGAUUUCCAUUCGCGUCAAAUGCAAUCAACACUGCAGAUGUUUCAACAAUGCCCGAAUCAGAGAGUGAUUACGAGCGAUUGCGUCAACGCGUCUCUCGUGAAUCGAUGAUCACAACGACGAUUAUGAAUAGCGUCAACGUUCUGCAGUUGGAAGUGACCACGAUGUUAAGAGAACAAACUCAACAGAACAGAGGAAUCAAACUUCUUAUGGAACAAGUGGCCGCCUUGUCAAAAGUGACCACUCAGUUAAAUUCCGAAUUAAAGGAAGCGAAAAGAAAUUUGACUGAAUCUAACUUAAAACUUAAGCAAUUGAUCAACAACACUGAUAGAAAAAUUGACGACAAAUCGAACAUGCUUUCGGGAGAAGUCGGUGAUAUUAAAAAAGAACUUUCAAGACAAAAUAACGAUAUUGAAGUGCUUCAAGUAGACUCAAAGCAACUGAAGAGAACUUCGGUGGAUAAUGGAUCAUUUCAGGAUAAAUACGCCGCCAUGACACGUGAACUCAGCGAAAUGAAAACUGCAACGGGAAUGAAUAGUCACGUGAUCGAGGAUUUACAGAAAGAAGUAAACCAUCUGAAAGAAACUACUCUAACUAAUGCAGAAUUCCAGGAAAAACAGUCCUUUAUCAUGGAUGAGGUAGAAUAUGUCAGAUCAAAUGGCGCCAAUCAUAGCCACGUGAUUUUUAAACUUCAAAACGAGGUUGCAUCUCUGGGUCGAAAUCAAACCAAUUUUGAUUAUCAGUUAGAUGACCUUGACCAAAGGGUAUCUUCCUUGCAGAAAAAGAGUAGUAAAUUCGAAGAUGGUAUAACAAAGCUUAGACGAAAUGUAACAUCCUUGGACUCUAGCAAUAGAGGGAUGAGUGUAAUAGUUACAGAUUUACAAGGCGAGAUGACUCUAGUACAAAAAACCAGCAAAGAUAUGGGAGACAUUGUGUUGAGACUAACAAACGAUUUGAUAAUUCUCCAGUCAAGUGCAUCUGAACUCGGUGACGAUAUGAUAGAUGUCAAAAGAAACGUAACGUUACUAAGGGAAGAAAAUAGGGACCAUUUAGCUUCUCUUAUCAACCUGAAAAGAAAUGUUUCCGGCAUAAAGAGCAUGCAAAGUUCUAUGCAGGACGAUGUUUUGAGAAUGUUAAAGAUCGUAGAAUCACAUAAAGAUAGCAGUGAAGGGAUGGCGGUAGUUAUUUUUAGACUUACGAACAAUGUGACGUCAUUGCGUGAAUGGGAUGAAAGGUUGGAGAAGAAAGUUGGUAUCCUGAACCAAAAUGUAACGACAUUACAAAAAGAGGACAGAUUGCUGAAAAAGGAAAUGAGACAUCUCAAAGAAAAUGUGACAGAAAUUAACGAUAAAAACAAAGGUUUUAGCGAUACUGUUGAUUCGCUUACACAAAAAGUUUAUUCUGUCCAUAGAGAGUUGAACAAAUUAGACGAGGACGUGUUCGAUUUGAAAAACAAUGUUGUCGUAUAUAACCAGCGUAAUAAAAAGCUUAGUGAAUCAUUGGUCGGACUUGAUGGUAACAUGACGUCAAUUCAGCAGAAAUUUGACUCGUUAUAUGACGUCAUCGAAACUCUUAUGUACAAUGUAUCUUCGAUCGAGAAAGGAAAUGGGCUACUUGAUGACGCAAUUGACCAGUUGAGUCUUAAUGUCAAGUCCUUGCAGAAAAAGAAGGAAAGUACUGGAGACGUCCGACCACGUCCUUCGAAUAUUUACCAAAACCAGGUGGCACUACCAGGGAAUGCUGGGACACCUCGCGUGGCGUUUACAUCUCAGAUCAGUUUAGAGGGCGCUAUGUCUGACGUCAAAAGAAACCAGACGAUCGUGUUUGAUUUAGUGGAGUAUAACUUAGGACGAGGCUAUGACCCUACGACCGGGAAAUUCAAAUGUGAAGUUUCCGGAACUUACGUGUUCUUCUUCAACAUCUUGACCAGGCCUCAUAUGAGAUUAGGAGUGGAUCUAACAAUUAAUGGAGAGACAAGGUCCGCUUGUGCUUAUUCAGGCGCGGAUCCAAACUUUAGUGUCAAUGGAAGUAAUAUGGUAGUUGUACAUUUGAACAAAGGAGAUGAGGUUUGGGUCCGUGCCCACAAAAGUCGAGAUCCACCACCCGGUGUAAUGUUGUCAAGUUUUGCAAACAGUUUUGCUGGAUUCCUGUUGUAUGCAGAUAUGCAGCUUGAUGGAUGAUCUAUAACCUUUUUAAAGACAUCAUGAUCUGAUGGCAUGCUUAACAACAUGUCUAUUAGCUUUCUUUUCCUCUCAUUAAAUCAUUUUAACCGCUGUAAAUAACUCUUGUUUAAAAACAUUAAAACUACAAUGUAUUAAAGGGAUCAUAACUCGAUUUUAAUAAGCAUAAAUGUAUGAAUCUACUAGAUCUUUUUAUGUAAAUUUAAUUCAUUAGGUCGCCUUUUAAAUAUUGCUUUGUUUCCUCCUUCCAAUGCAGGGUAAAACAAUUGGGAAAGAAGGUAGGCGGAAAUGUCUUUUUUUCCAGAAAAUUUCAACAUAUUUGUUUAGAUAAAGAGAAGAAUAAAUAUCGUGUCCUGGAAUAGAAAUAACAGUCUUGAGUCGAACCAUU